AUCACCACCAACAAUUCUAAUAUGGACGCCCUUGAAGAACAGACACAAGAGUUGGAAGUCUUGCAAUCUAUAUAUCCAGAUGAACUUGAAAUCUUAUCGGAAACCCAUUUCACUGUGAGGUUAAACUUGGAUACAAACACCGACAGGAAACAUGCGUUGGUGUUAGAAGUGAAAUACCCUGCUGAAUACCCCGAGGUGGUCCCUGUAUUGGACAUUGAAGUGGGCGAGGACGAAGAGGACGAGGAUGAUUACUACGGGUCAGACGACGACGAUGACAUCGACUCUGAUGAAGAAAGAAACCGUCAAGCUGUCAAUCUCGCAGAACUGAUUGAUUUUGAAAAGAAAGAUUUAUCUACAUUGUUAGAUAAAAUAAAUGAAGAAGCAGAAAUGAAUUUGGGGAUGCCAUCUGUGUUUGCCCUCACUUCACAACUUAAAGAGGAGGCCGAACAACUCUUUCAAAAUAAAAUCGACGCAGCACAAAGGAAAUAUGACCGAGAAUUGGUUGAACGUGAAAUGGAAGAACAAAAGAAAUUCAAUGGUACAAAGGUAACCCGUGAAUCUUGGCUUGAAUGGAGAAACAAGUUCCGUGAGGAAAUGAAGGUUGCCGAGAAGGAUAAGGCCCUUUUCGAUGCCAUGCAUAACGGGAAGAUGUCCGGGAGAGAAAUCUUCGAGAAGGGUUUGGCUGGUGAUGAAGAUGAGACUGUUGAUUCCGUCACUGAGGCGGUCAAGGAGACUCAAAUAUAGCAUAUAGAAGGGAAUAAUUAGUUCGUCUGA